CCUGAACCGAGGCCCUUUAUUGGCAUCAGCGACUUUCUGUUAGUCAGGUUAAAGACUCGAACCCCGCGGCGAGAUAUACAAAUUAUCCCAGGUUCCCGCGCAACAGCAGACCUCCAGAUAAACCCCAUCGCAGGAGGGGAAAGUAAACAUCAAUAAUGGCCCCUCAACUCUUUCCCUCGAACCCGGACGAGGUCAUGGUGAUCCGCAACGUUACUUCAGAUGUCAUAACCAUGAGCUUGCCCUUUGCGCGAUUUGGACGCUUCAAAUUCGGUGGACGAGGGACGCUGGUCCGGAUGACUUCCGGCUCCAUAGCCGUCUUUUCCCCAGUUAACCUAACUCCCGCGGUCCGCGAAACGAUUUCCGGCCUCGGCGGACGAGUCAAGUACAUUGCAGCCCUCGACCUUGAACACCACAUCCAUUUAACGGCAUGGAAAAAAGCCUUCCCCGACGCGGACAUCAUUGCUCCCGAGGGCCUAUGGGAGAAGCGCCAAUCCGUACCUGAGCACAAAGACACCCCGAUCAAGUACAUCUUGCGACAAUCCAACUCGAACAAGGAACACACAUGGCCCAUAUCCGAUGAAUUCAACAAGGAGUUUGAUAUCGAGUACGUCUACGGUCAUGGGUCGAAGGAAAUCGUAUUUUUGCAUAAGCCGUCGUGCACCCUUAUCGAAGCGGACUUGUUGUUUAACUUGCCUGCGCGCGAGCAGUACUCGAAAACUGGAGAAAGUGCGACGUCGGGACUCUGGACGAAGAUUGUUCGGCCGCUCUUGUCAACGGCGCAGCCGGCGACCUGGCAGAAGAGAUUCGCGUGGUAUGUGCUUUCGAAAGGGGACAGGAAUGCGUUCUCGGAAAGUAUGAAGAGGAUUGAUCAAUGGGAGUUUAACCGGCUGAUUCCUUGCCACGGAGAUGUUAUCGAAAGCGGUGCGAAAGGCGUGUUUAGAACAGUUUUUGAGUGGUUCUUGUGA